CCAUCUUGUAUUUAUAUACAUGUCUCAGAGCUCAGCCUUUCUUAACAUAUAACAUUAAUUACCUCGACUUAUUACAAAAUGUCGUAUAGCCUAUAUUUAGCUGAGGCAGACAGGUAAAAAAAAACACUAUAGACAUAUACCAGCAGUACUUAGCUAUUUAUCGAGUUAGGGUCAUAAAGUUACUGCCCUUAUUUAAGCCGGCAGCAUCAUCGUCAUAUCUAUUACGACUUCUACAUUGCUGAUAUACACCCCUUCACAAAAAAUCGAACGCAAUGCCUCAACCUACUUACUGCUCACAUCAACCUUCAAACCCACUCGAAAUAAAUUCCGAGCCAGAUAUUUCAGGACUUGGCGUUCUUAUCGGGUUCGUCUCAACUGCUUACCUAUUACUCCUCAUUAUCUUGAUAUAUUAUGUAUUUGGCUAUGACCCAACGAGCAAUCCCUUCGGAACCACAGAAAACAAUCCCCUUAGCACACGAAACCGACCGAACCCAGUUGAUCAGCUCGUACUAAAGGUCACAAGGAGGCUAUUCUGCUUAAAUGUCCUGCAGUGGCAGGGCUUAUAUAAAAAUGGGCUUUUGACGGCCAUUUUCGACAAGUGCGUGGUAAACAUGGCCGACAUUCAGAUCUUAAACGGUCUAGCAGUUUUGAUCACAGGUUUAGCCCUUCUCCCUCAAAGGUUAUCCGCCUUGCAUUGGAAAAUGAUCGUCUACUUGGCAUGGUUCUCUUUCAUAGCCAAUAUCUCAGCUCUCACAUUUCUCCGGAGCUAUCUGAUUCACCAUCCAUUCGAGAGAGUAUGGAGACUUGGAUCUACGUUUGUCCUUCUGCUGAUUCUAACGGUUGCUCUCGUUCCCACUGGGCACUUCUCUUGGGACUCUGAUGCUCGGUAUUACAAUAAUUACAUAGAAGAUGCAGCUCCGUCCGCUUACGCAAUAUGCCACUUUAAUACCAACUUCACCGACUCCCGUACCUACUUCUAUGAGAGAAGAGUUCAAGGCAAGAACUCCAUGCUCUUCUCGAUACUCUUGAUAGUAUUUGGUUAUACAGUCAGGGUAUUCAAAUUGUACCGUUAUGGCGGCCAUGCCGGUUCGGAGUCCUUCUCAGUGUCCGCCGUGCUUGUGGAGAGAUGCCUGAAAAGUGCGGCAAUGCUACAACGACUUAUAGGAAGCGCAUCGUUUCUAGAAAUAGCUGCCUCCAAUAUGAUAGUAGCCUCUCACUUUGUCGUCUGCGUCUGGAUUGACAUAUACAGUUCAAUGGCUUCAGAUAUAUUUAUGCUAGUCAUUUCGAUAACCUGGGGAACCAUAAGAAUCUACGAACUUGAACAAAUUUUGGGACAAACCACCGCUUAUGAAGAAGACCCGGGCUGGUCAUUCGGACAGAUACUUCCUGUUCUCCUAACAGCCGGACCAAUUCUGAUUUUGAUACGAUCUGCAUGGGAGGCGGUUUCAUCCGUAUCACACGAGACGCCCCACACAAAUCCAAGCGAGCCGACACGCACUGCUUCAGAUACAGAGGAGGUUGGUAUCGUCCCGGAACAUAACCAGAGGCUCUCGUCGAAUAUGUUGAGCGUACAGGUUGAAAGCCCGGAGCGCUGGAUACUAAGCCCGAACCGCUUUACUGAAUACUACGAAAAGAGCUCUUGGAUGUGUUGGACGCCCGCCAUAUGUGCUACCUAUAUCUUAUGCCCGAUAGUAUACCUACUUGCAUCAGAAUAUGAUCCCUUCUACCUCAUUAAGGACCUUUCCCUCUGGUUCGUCCUACAGCAAGGGGCAUUCCUUCAAUGCUACAUUUUACUCUGCUCCUUCGUCACCAUGAAAUGGAAGCAUCCUACGGCACACAUUGCCAAAACCUUGUUUGCUUUAACUGAAAUAGCAAUUUCUAUCCUCACAUCUCGGGGUGCUGGGCCCUGGUCUUUAUUUGCCGUUGGCGGCACUUUUAGCAUGUUCGUUAUUACCCUGAUCAGUGCCAAGCUAUUACGGAAAGUACGAAAAGUUGACAGUGUGAGAUGAAUCUCUGCCACAUGAUCUAAUGUGUGGAGCUUUCACUCAACCUGUCCAACUAGCAGGAUGAACGUCAAGGCAACAAAACAUACUGGGACCUACGGCACUGAACCUCGAGGGGUUCAUUCGUGGACAGAGCUGUGAAUAGCAGCUCUCGAAGUUUCA